AGUGAGGGGUGGGGUGGGUAAGCCCGCGGCGCAGGAACUGCUCUGGGCGGGCCGUCUGGGCCAGGCGAACCUAAGUGGUUCCGGGCCUGAGCCUCGGAACCCACCACUGAGUGGCGCGGGGCGGGGAGCUGUCCUCCUUAGAGCGGUGGCCGGACCGGCGGCGACUUGCGGUAGAGCCCCGGGAGGAGGGAGCGGCCUUCACGAAGCCAAGCCAUCCGAGAAAGAAGAACUUUCUAUUGGUUUUGUUCCAGACCAGACUGGGCCUCAGUUGUCAAAGAUGAUGCUGGUGGUGUGUCCAACACAGGAGCCAAAUUGUUCCUAGAUCAGAAUGAUGACAGUAGAUCUGAAGGUGGGUUGCAGACCAUGAGCUGGGAAAGGAGGCAGUGCUCUUGGGAGAAACAGCAGAGGCUCCAGGCUUCAAGCUGAAGCCAGCAGAGGCCCAGCAAGUGGGCAUGUCCCAGGAUGAAGAAUUUUGGAAUACACACCAGAGUCUACAAGAGCUGCUGAUCAGGAAUACCCACAAAGAAACUGCGCCCGUAUGUGAGAGGGGCGGAUUCUUAAUGACUGCGCCACCAGGGAAGUCCAGCACACGUGCUUGUAAAGCGGUGCCUGCUCACCGGAUCCUAGCCUUUCCUGAACAGACAAACACCAAAGACUGGCCAGUGGCACCUGAGCUCAUCUUGCCUGAGUCCCAGAGCUUGUUGACAUUUGAAGAAGUGGCCAUAUAUUUUUCCCAGGAAGAAUGGGAGUUACUGGAUCCUGCUCAGAAGGCCCUCUACAAUGAUGUAAUGCAAGAAAACUAUGAGACUGUCAUCUCUCUAGCAUUAUUUGUGCUCCCCAACACUAAAGUGAUCUGCUGCUUAGAGCAAGGGGAAGAGCCAUGGGUUCAAGGAUCCCCAGUGUUCAAAGACAGUCCCGGAGAGCUGUUUUCAGAGAUAAAGAUGAAAAAUGACACUGAAAAUCAUCAACCUAUAUGUUUUUCUGACUUAGAAAUACAAGCACCAGGAGACAUAGUAUCAAAAAAAGCCAGUGUGAAUGUUCAUCAGAAAACAAUGGGCAAAGAAAAUCAUGGUGAUAUGCAUAGGGUGGGGAAAUGGCACCAAGAUUUUCCAGUGAAGGAAGGAAAGAAAUUUUCAAACUGGUGGGAAGAAGAGCUGCUGAAACUUAUCGAGCUUCACGAGAAAGAACGUGCAGGAGAGAAGCCUUUUAAAUGUCAGGAAUGUGGGAAAAGCUUCAGAGUUAGCUCUGAUCUUAUUAAGCACCAAAGAAUUCACACUGAAGAGAAACCAUAUAAAUGUGAACAGUGUGAUAAGAGGUUUAGAUGGAGGUCAGAUCUUAAUAAGCACUUAACAACACACCAAGGAGUAAAGCCAUAUAAAUGCUCAUGGUGUGGGAAAAGCUUCAGUCAAAAUUCACAUCUCCACACACACCAAAGAACUCACACUGGAGAGAAGCCCUUUGCAUGUCAUCAAUGUGGAAAAAAAUUCAGUCAAAAUUCCCACCUUAUUAAACACCGGAGAACCCACCUGUAGCACAUGCAGGAGAAGCUUCAGUAAGUGCUCAAGACUUUGACACCAGUGAAGGAAAGCUUGUUCAGUGUCCUUAGUCUACAGACAUAUACCAAGCGGCGCUUGACCCUAAAGUUUAUGAAAAAAUGCAAAAUUAAGAAGCAUGAAGAAUUUUUCACCAGUGGAAAAUUUGGAGAUGUAAACGUCAUGUUUCACAGAAAGAAAUCAGGGUUGACUAUGGAGGGGAAACGUUAAUAGUUGUACUACUUACUGUUUUUACUUAGAACUUUCACUGAAUUCCUUAGCAAAAAAAGUGUUCUACGAAUAUUCUGAGUAAGGGAAAAAGCUGUUUUGGGAUUGUACUUGGCAAAAUAGCAAGAUCAGCUUCAAAAUAGCAGAUGCAGUCAUGAAUCAUCAGUCUUCUGUGGUCACAGAGUGGCCUCCCCAGCUACUCUUAAGCACAUAUGAUAGAAACAUGUGUAGCAUGGUCUUCCAAAACAAAAAGCAGUAAUAUACCUGUUUCAUUGCAUACCAUUGUCUUCCAGUUAGCAGACUUAACGAAUUUCAGUAGUCUCAUGAGGUAGAAAUGAAUUCUAAUAUAAAGUUUUCCAAGAAACAAAUUGGAUUUUCUUACUCUGUUUUGUCAUUGGACAGUGUUCACAAAGUUGACCUGGUUCUGAGUUCUUUCUUGAACAUUUUAGCAACUAUCUCUUGAGUCCUGUUAGCACAGUUUUUACUGUGAUGAAAUCAUUUACUUCACUGUUAGAGAAUCUGCCAGGUGAACUAAUAAUGCAGUAUCAUUGCCUCUCAUUUGUGGUGUUCGAAAAAAGGAGAAUAUCUAAUGAGAUCAUGUGGACAUGGGUUGGAAUUUUUAGCCAUUUGGUAUAUUUUAGAUGAAGACUUUUCUGCAAUUAACUGGACUCCUUACCUCACAGUGCCAAUAGGAUAAAACAGCCAUAAACAUGAGCACUUUUCUGAAGCUCAUGGAAAUUAAUGGGAAUUCAGGAUCAACUUCUCAGGUUUUUGUCUGUUUGUAUUUUAACGUGGCUUUUGUUUGUUACUAAGAACAACAAGAAAGUUAUGUUUGUCUGGGAACUGGAGUGUAUGCAGUAGGGAGGAUCCUGUGGGUCACUGGGAAUGGUGCUCUGGGAAUUCAGUGAGCAGGAGACCAAGUUCCCAAAAGGAAAGGUUUGGGAACUGAUGCUGAGUGGUAGGCAAGGAUAGGUGAACCUGCAUCUGUCUUGGUUGACUUAACACUGUAAACUGUUAAACAGGGUCUUCCAGUUUCUGUCUUCUCCAGCAUAGCAUAGAAUGCCAAAAAUCUCUAUGGGCUGUGGAUUUUCUUAUAACACCUACAGCAGUGAUUCAGAUGUGUUCCUGUUAGAGCUUUCAGGUAGUAUUAGGAAAGAGGUUAAACGAUCUCUUACAAAUCUCUUAUAAAAAGGGGAGUUAGGUUCAAAGAAAUCCAGAGGCUUGUUAAGACCCCAUAGCUAGUGGGUCUGUUGGCUGUCACUUAGCUACAUCAGUCAGGCCUGAGGGCAGGAUUAGUAGGACUGAUCUGUAUGUUGUCCCUGCCCAGCCAUCCUGGAUGACAUUGUAUUGCAUCUAUUUCUAGCUUGUAAAACAUUCCUGUUUCUUGAUUGAUUACUGAAACACUCUUAAAUCUCCAGUUUCCAUAUGAAAUAGUGAUAACACUCAACUCAGGGUUUUUUUGGGGGAUUAGAGGGGUUGAUGAAGGAAAAGCACCUAACAGCCUGGGAAAUAGCAGGGUCUCAGUGUGUGUGUCCUUCCCUUUCCCCUGGUCCCCAGUGGUAUGUUGGGUGGACUGACUACAUUAAAGGAGCAGAUGCAUUUGUGGCUGUUGCAGCUCCUUCCAGGAGCUGAGCACUCGUGUUGGUGGUUUGCUCGGUUGAUUUGUUCCUUGGCUUCAGUGCUUUAUGGUGUAAGUCACCUGAGGUUUUGGUCUGCUGCUGUCAGCAGGAUUUCAUUUUCUUCUCUAAGAUAACUGUACCAGUACACCAGUGUGCUUAUUUUUUAAGCUCGGCCAGCUCUGCAGCUCUGGUCUGCAUAGAUCUUACCCAACAGUCUCAGCCUUACACCCCUGGGGCUCUGUUUCUUCUCCCAAGAUAUACAUGUGGAUUUCUUGCUGACACUACAUUCAUUCACUCAAUUUAAUGAGGGCCUGUUAUGUGCCCAGGUAGUCUUUUAAGCUAAGGAUAUAGUAGUGGACAAGGAGACAAAAUGCAUAUCCUCAUGGAGCUUGUAUCCUAGUGAACAGUAAGAAGGGAGUGGUUAGACUUUUUUCUCCUUGCAGUUAGCAUCCUGAGAUAGUUUUGAGCAAUGGGUGUGAGCAAAAGUUUCCCUUCUUGGCUGAAGCAUUUGUUUAUUGCUGCAGGACUCUAGUGCUGUCUUUUUCUGCCUCAGUCGUAUAAGCACAGAGAGAGGAGUCACAAGAUCAGAACAGUCUGGAAUGCCGAGCCCCCCACAUUGGGAAGGGGUAUCUGUUCUGGAGAGUCCCCCAGACCUAUAAUGGACUGUAGGAAUAAGAAAUAAACUUUUGUUGUGUUAAGUCAAUGGGAUGUUGGUGCUAUGUGUUUCUGCAGCAUAACCUGUCCUGUCAGUAAGACCGUCUAUUCUGCUAGAGCUCAGGAAACUUCUUUGUCAUUCCACCUGGUCUUUGGUCCUUGGAAGAGAUCUAGUUUCCUCUAGAUGCUCCACUGAGCUGGUGUAACACUGAUGGGAACACUUAGGAGCUUAUAAGACUUAUAAGUAGGUGAUGGGAAAGACAGACUGCUUGCUUGCUUACCGGGGACAAAUCCUGUAGAGGUCAGUUGUAGAAGUGGACAAGGCAACCAUCUGUCCCUCUCUCUGGCCUUAUUCCAUUUCAUUGUCUUUGUCCACCCUCUGUUCCACUGCUCCACAGCCCUACGUGCACAAGAAAGGCUUCUGUUGAUCAGUGGGCUAGGGAGAGGUUAGGGGUUUCUUUCCAUUCCUAAGUGAGUGCAGUAGACUUCAAGGAAUGGUUUGGUAAAUAGCUCUGUUGUACCUUCUUUGAAUUGUGCCUCAGAAAACAGGACGGAGAUCACCAAGUUUUCCCAGAUUGUUGUAAAGAGGAAGGUGGCUUCUUUUCCUGGACUGAAAGGUAACAGCUGGGAAGAAGCUUGGCCAGGAAAACAGGAGCAGGGCAGGCAGUCCAGCUGGGGAGUGAGAAACUUCCAGUGGGAAAGUUCUAGCUUAGCCACUAAUCAGCACAGUGUUUUACUACUACAUAUGUUUUGGAAUUUGGGUUGGAUGUAUUCAGGUUAGAAGAAGGCAUUUCUAUACCUCAUCACAGCGAUGAGAGCCGAUUACUAAAACAACAAGGUAAAACUAAAACUGUGAGGCUUCGUUUAAAAAUGAAAUCAGACACAACCCUAGGUUCAGCCUCAGUGUUAAAGUUCUCACUAAUAUGACCUGCAUAAUCAGAUGAUUUCUAGGACAAACCAGAAGGUGCUUUGUUUUUGUGUGUCCAGUUAACAGCCUUAUAGUGGCUCCAAGGUUGGUUCUGAGAAUUGAAUCACUGACCUAGCCUAGUCCCCAAAUCCUCGACCCCUUCUCUGCACGGGUCCUAGUAGCCAUGGUCCUGGCACCAUUGUAUACCCAGAGUUCUCACCAUUAAGCUGACCUCAAGCUGAUCUUGAGAAUCUCAACUAUCUUUUAACUGGAGGGGAAGUACAGGAGGAGAGCUUGGAUAAAACAAACUGCUAGGGUUUCGAUCAGCUUUUGAAACAGAACAGUGUUCAGUUGCGCUGGAGAUGUUUAGAGGAAGAACGCUAAGCAGCCUUUUCUAUCCAGCUGGACAGUUGGGAUAAUAAAAAGCUUUGAACACCAUAAGGGAUUUUCCAGACAUUCGUUGAACCACUCCACAGACAAAUGUUUACUGGUCAUCUUGUGCAUUUCCUGGCUCGUUCCCACGCACGUGUAAUGGAUCAAGGCUGCCCAUUACUUUUCUCUCAGGAGCUUUCCCUCUAGUGCUUAGUGGAUUAUUUGCUGAAGGCCUCCUCACGUUCUUUCUGUGGGUUCUCCUGUACAGUCUCUGAAGUGCCCUGAGUAGGAAGUGCUGAAGCUUUACCCACAUUCUGUUUCUAGGGUUCUUUCCAAACAAGUACAGAAGCAUUUUGUUGCUGAAUCUAUUCCACACUUGUCACUUUUAUAGUUUCUUCCUUGUGUGGGUUCAGUGGAGAGCAAGGCUGGAGCACUGUUUAAAGCAUCUACCGAACCUGAUGUAUAUGUAGGGUUUCUUUGUGUAUGAAUUCUCCAGUGGA